AUAACUUUUCUCUUCAUUCAUUACGCAACAACGCAUUAUCACUUUUUAAAGCUCUUUAAAGUUCUUUGGAAUUUUUUUUGUGAUCUUCAGGGGGCUUUAGAGAGAUAAUUUAAUCAGAGUGUGAUGAAUUUCUCGAUCAAUCCAUACAAUGUUGUGAUAAAAACAUAUUUUUCGGCAAAAGAGUGUUUAUGAGGAGCUUUGUCAGAACGUAAAAGAAUAUUGUAAACUACCUACUAUUUUGAUAAAGUUCUUAUGAUAAACAAAAGCAAUGCGCAGGCGUUUUCUGUGCACUUCACCAAUACACGGCGAAAGGUUCUGAUAAAAACAGGCCAGCUCCAUUGGGGGGAAUUUAGUUGCAAAAGAAAAGUUGUGAAAGAAACAAGUUUCAGGGGGGCAAUCUCAUAUUAAGAAAAAUAAAACUAUAUAUUAAUCCAAAGGUGAUAAAUAUUCUUGCAAAAUCUCUUUGUUCAUAAUAGAGCAUCGUAUAGGCAAAAAGAACGAACAUUCAAAGGAUUUUGUGAAGUGUCAAGAUAAAGCGAAUCUGGGAAAUUUUUCCUGCUAAGAAAAAAGUACAAAAAAUCAGUGCAAAGAACUUUUAAAAAAUUGUUAAUCACUGAAAAAUGCCACCUAGUCGCUUAGAUGGACUCUACAGAAGCCUCUUGCUGACCAAAUUCUUCUGCAAGGGCUGGGGAAAGCCAGAAAAUCUCCAAAGAUUAUUUGAAGUAAGAAAAAUUAUUUCAAAUCGUGAAAGUUGCAGCCAACUUGUGCCAUCGAACUAUCCAGUUGAGAUAACAAAGGAAGAAAAAACUUCAGAAUGUCGCAUUUUGGAGGGAAAAUUCGUCUCUCCGUUCUCUCUCUAUUUGCCCGGAUUAGUCCCCGAGGAGUCACAGGAAGCACAUUUCCAAGUCAUUUUACCCCACAAAUGGACUGAUAGGUUCAAACCUAUGUGUAUUCAUUUAGCAGGGACAGGAGAUCACUAUUACUGGAAAAGGCGAACUUUGGCUGCUAAACCCUUGCUGAAGGAAGGCAACAUUGGCACAAUAAUUUUGGAAAAUCCAUUUUAUGGUGUUCGAAAGCCCAAAGAUCAAAAACGUUCCAGUUUGCACAAUGUAUCAGAUAUCUUUGUAAUGGGUGGCUGUUUGGUGUUAGAAUGUCUUGUAUUGCUGCAUUGGUGCGAAAGGAAUGGAUAUGGUCCUCUAGGGAUUACUGGCCUUUCAAUGGGAGGACAUAUGGCCUCUGCUGCAGCAACUAACUGGCACAAACCCCUAGUCCUUGUUCCUUGUCUAUCCUGGUCAACAGCAUCCGCAGUAUUUACCCAAGGAGUCAUGACACAGUCAGUUAAUUGGGAUAUAUUGGAAACGCAAUACUUUGCAGAUGGAAACUACCGGGAACGUUUAGCAAAAAUGGUGACCAUUGUUGAUGACGCCUUCCUCGCGGGUCAGCGAUUUGUGAAGCAUUUCAAUGAAUCAAUUAAGGAACUGCAGAAAGAUAUCAAGGAUACACGAGAAUUCCAAACAAAGAAAGAUAUCUUUGGAGUUGAUCGCACAAAUACCCUCAACUUGUCUCCGGCACUUCUCGAGAAGCUCUUAUCGCGCGACAGAGGACGCCUGACGACACAGGAGGUGAAUGAACUGAAUGAGAAAAUUAAAGAAGCCCAACAGAGGUAUAGACUGAAGAGCAAUCCAAUGCCGGAGGAUGCUAAAAUCAACCGGAUUCGUGAACUUCCAAAGACAAAUGAUCUUGCGGCAGCCCUGCAAAUCCUCUCUAUUGCCAAUGGGCUAACAAUCUACGAACCCCCCUCAACGGGUAGUGUGAUCACAUCAGCCCUCUACGGUGGCACGACGAAGCUAAUGAGCUACAUUAUGCCAAGUAGUGGAGAUUCAACGACACAAGAACUGAAUGGAGAAAGUACUGAACUUGAUACGUCCGGAAAGAAAGCCUGGUGGGAGAAUGAAGCUCUCCAAUUUAUGCGCGGUGUCAUGGAUGAGUGUACGCAUUUGAAGAACUUCUCCGUGCCCUACGAUACAUCCCUCAUCAUUGCUGUUUGCGCAAAGGAUGAUGCCUACGUUCCACGAGAGGAUUGUACGUCUCUUGAGGAAAUUUGGCCAGGAGCUGAAGUGCGAUACCUUGAUGCUGGACACGUGAGUGCUUAUGUGCUUCAUCAGAAAUUGUUCAGAUCCUGCAUUAUUGAGGCAUUCGAGCGUGCAAAGAAACUCUAUGCUCCAUCCUUUGAUUCAUCAAAUCGACUUUCUUCCUCGGAGGAAUGCUAAGCACAGCAUAACGCAUAUUUUCACGAUUAUAAUUUUAUUUCAUCAAAGUUUUUUUUUGAUACAGUAAGAUUAAUCAUCUAAUGAGUUCAGAGAGAGAUGCUAAUUUUUUUCUACCCACUACAAGUAGUAAAAGUAGUAAAUUUAUAUUGAUUGUGAUAACAUUUUAGGACAAAUGUGAUUAGAAAUAAAGAGAAAUGUUUCUAAA